CGGCCUCCAGCCGCACGCCCAUCAUCCCCACCGGGUCCCGGACGCCGUCCUGCUGAUCGACGGUGAACUCCUGCGGGAUGACGUGGACGACCUCGCGGUCCAUCGGUAUGACGAUCGCCUUGGCGGCAUCGAUCACGCGCUCCACGUCCUCACGCGUGAUCUCACGGUCCCUCCCGGUGACCGCCACCACGCCCCGCGAGUUGAUCCCCUCGAUGUGGCCGCCGGCUAUGCCGGCGAAGGCUCCGGUAACUUCGCGGCCGGACAUCAUCUCGGCGGCCUCGACAGCGUUCAGAAGCGACCGGACCGUGGCGUCGAUGUUGAUGACCACGCCGCGGCGCAGCCCACGUGACGGAGUGGUGCCGACGCCGAUGAUCUCCAGGCGGCCUUCGUGCCCGAUCUGCGCGAUGAUCGCGCACACCUUGCUGGUACCGAUAUCCAGUCCGACGAUCAGGUCGUCCCGUGCCACGCUAACUCACCGCCCUAGGCGCCCGCCGACCGCGCCCGCGGCGCGGCCGCCUGCGAUCGUGACGCAGCCGACUCGACAUAGACGGCCUCACCGGCGCGGAAAUCGAUCUCCGACGGCAGGUGUGAGAUGCCGUCGGCGCCGAGCACGUCGAGCGCCACGAAGGCAUGCCGGAUAGCUUCCACGUCCAUGCGCGGACCCAACCGCACCGCCACC